AUGGUAGUGAAUGCUGCAAUGGCUAUAAUGGCAAAGCAUGGCAAUUCUGGUAACACUGGCUUGACUGUGUACCAAAUUGGGUCAUCUUUGGUAAAUUCCAUUUCAUACGGUGAUAUGGUUAAGUAUUGGUAUGAUCACUUCAAGUGCAAUCUAUUUCCUGACUCAAAAAGGAAUGAUAUUAGCAUCUCUAGAAUGAAGUUUUUCAACAACAUCGAUGAUUUCUCUUCCUUCAUCUCAAAUGAAAUGGCAAAGAAAAAUGGUUCGAUGGAACCAAAUACCUAUAAGGAUGCGGCACUCCCCAAGAUUAAACGGAUCCUUCCUGUAAAACAGAGUGAGCAGAAUAACAGAAGAUACUAG